GGCGCGACGCUGUGAAUCCCACUUUCUCCCGCGCAACGAAAUCGAUUCAAACGCCAAAAUGUCGGACAACAUCAUCGUAAAGGCUGUCGCUGGCACUUGUGUCACUUUCUCGUUCAUUAUUGUCAGGAAAUGCAAUCACGCAGUCGUAUAUGACCGUCCCAGCGCUCCUAGUCGACUUCCCACCCCCAGGAUCGCCGGACCAUGCCUCGCGCGCAAAGCUUCUAGGUCGUCAAUGGCCGCUGUGCUGGACAGUUGGCAACCAAUUCUUCCGCCCAAUUUCGACUCUCGGUUUCCUAGGCUACGCAUUUGCUGGGUACUCGGUGUUCCGGGAAGGCGCUCUUGCGCGGAGCGAUUGGAAGCUGUUUGGUGUUGCGGCAGUCAUGCACUUGACUACUAUUCUACAUUCGGCGUUGAACAUGCAGCCUUUGAACGACAAAUUGGAGGCACUUGCGGAGCGCGCGAGUGCGAAGGAGUUGACUGAGGCGGAGAAUAUCGCGAGGAAGUGGGCAAAUUGGAACAGGUUGAGGUUGGUGACGCCGGUGCUUGCGGGUGGACUUGCGCUGUGGAAUCUGCUUUCGUUGUAGAGAACAUCGAUACACGAAAUCUAUUACAUGAACAAG